AUGGCGGAAAAAUUAGCAACAGCUGUCAUUGCAGAGAUGUUUUUAGAAGAUAGUGAUGAUGAGGAAUCAACGGAUAACAUACCGUUGCUAGGAGAUGACAAAUCACGUAUUCGUGGAUACACUGAAGAUGUGGUGCCCUUCUAUACGGUUGACAGCUUUAGGAGAAUGUUUAGAAUUGACAUAGAAACAUACAAGAUACUUCUUGGAUACAUGGAGGGUUGCCCUAGUUUUUACCCUGCUGGUCAUGGAAGGAGGGAACCUAUUUCCAUCUACCGGCAAUUACUGGUCACUCUGUGGUAUGUUGGUGGUACAGACAGUAUAACCAAGAUUGCUGAUCGUUUCGGCAUGUCAGAAUCUUCUGUUAUUUCUUGUCGGAAUAAUAUUUUCUCUGAACUGAUUAAUAUGACUGACAGUUUUAUUCGCUGGCCAAGUAUCCAGGAGAUGGCAGAUGAAUCACAAGAGUUUGAGAGAAGAAAUGGUUUUCCCAAUAUUAUAGAGGCUGUUGAUGGGACCCAUAUUGAGAUUAAAGCACCAACAUCACACCCACAGUCUUAUGUCAACAGAAAGGGUUAUCAUUCCAUACAACUGCAGUGUGUGUGUAGGUGUAACAUGGCAUUUUCCCAUGUGUUCACAGGAUACCCAGGCAGCUUUCAUGAUGCUCGAUUACUUAAAAAUUCUGAUUUGUGGGGUGAUCGAUUAACAAAGUGCAACAUGGUGCAUCAUAUCCUUGGGGAUGGCGCAUAUAAAAAAUGGGUAUUGACACCAUACUGUGAUAAUGGACAUUUAGAUCUUCAUCAAAAGAAGUAUAAUCACUUGCAUUCCAGCAAUAGAGUGAUCAUAGAAAGAGCUUUUGCUAUUCUCCAGAUUUCGUAG